CGUGUAACUUAACUUUAUUCAGGUGAUUCGCGGGCGGGUGCUGUUUUUGGAAAAGUGGAAAGCGAUUAUGUUUUAAAUUCACCGGGAUCUGAUCUGAUGAUAAACAAUAAAUCUAGUAAAUUUAUAUCCCCAUUGAACAGUUUUAACGUCUCAAAAUGAUUCAUGAUAUUUUAUUCACACUGUUUUCUUCUAAUUCCGAUUUACCAAUUGAAAAUUUUACAAUUCCCGAAGUAGCUUCCAAGUUCCUCCAUCCGGGUGAAAUCAAAAUAUUAGAAGAUUUAAUAAAGAUCGCCAAUCAAUAUAAAGAGCUAAAAAAAUUUAUUCAUCAGUACGGAACACAAUCGGCUGGACUAAUCAAACCAAAGCAGCAGAAGCCUUCGGAAGAACCGUUGCAGCAGGGAUUGUACUUGCAGGCAUUUGCCGAUGGGCUGGACUUAGCAGUGAAACCAUACCGUGACUUGCUGGUUCAGCUGGAAGCAAACUAUUUGAAACGACCGAAUCUGUCUUUGAUCUUCAUUUACCACCAGGUCAAUCAAUACCAGGCACUAUUCGCAUUUCUUCUCCGACUGGUGAGCGGAGUUGUAACACAGCGGAUCCAUGGUUGUGCUCUACUGCAAUAUCUCCAACAGCAUUGUCUACAUGGAAAUGAGAAACACUAUCAGGCUGUGAAAUUGAUACAGAAUUCGGUCUAUGCAAUUUUCAUCAAACAGUUGUUUGGAUGGUUACUACACGGUAAAUUUGUGGAUCAGUACAGUGAAUUCUUUAUCCAGCACGUGGAUAGUACCAGAAACCAUCCCGGGUCCACGAUGUUUGAACGAAGUAUGCAUGGUGGUGGAACCACACAAGCAUCGGUCAAUACCUUUUCGGAUAAUACCAGUAUUAACACCGAAUUGUGGCGUUACGAAAAUCGUCGGGAAAUUUUGCCGUACUACUUUCCUGCCAGCUGGGCCGAAAAAGUUUUAUUUAUUGGGCAAACUGUUCUGAUGUUGAACUGCGAUCCGAGAGAAAGUGGUGAGAAAAAAAUAAAUCGGGAAAAAAAGUUUGCUGCCGUAAAAGAGAGUCUUUGGGGUGAGUUAGAAUACGAGUUUUUCAAAAAAUUUCACCAUUUACAAAUGGACGAGAAUUUGAACAUCGCCAAGUUUGAAAAUAUCGUUGACGAAAUCAAACUUUGUGUGACAGAGCAGAUGUCUGAGAUUGCCAUCAAAGAGGCAGAUUUAAUGAAGCAGCUGAAGCUGAUCAAGGAUUACUAUAUGCUUGGUCGAGGUGAACUAUUUUCCGAGUUAUUGAAACAAACACGGUCGCUACAAACGCUAUUUGCUAAAGGUAUCACCGAUGGUUCGUCUAGGGACUUGAAUCGUGCAUUCCAAUUGGCAGCAAACAGCGUCAAUAUAACCGAAGACAUUGACCAGUUCUCAUUCGUUUUACCUCCGAAUGAGGAUGUGGAAAGUCUCUGUUAUGAAACGAAAGGAAUUUUAAGCUACAUAACCCUAAAAUACAAAGUGAAAUGGCCGUUACAUUUAUUGUUCUCCCCCAAAACAUUGGAUAAAUACAAUGAAAUGUUUCGGUUCCUGUUGCGCAUUCGAAAGAUCCAAUACGAUAUCCAUCAAGUCUGGUCUUUCCAGCGGGAGUCUAAGGUUAAAAAGAACUCGGAGUUACUUCAAUUCCGAAACAAGUUGAUGUUCUUGAUGGACAACCUCCAAUACUAUUUGCAAGUGGACGUUCUUGAAAGUCAGUUCAGUAUUUUGAUGACGACCAUUAGUGAAACGAAGGAUUUCGAACGGAUUCAACGAGCACAUACCAUUUUCCAGGCCAACGUACUCGGUUUGUGCUUUUUGUUGUCCAAUGCACCAAAUGUAGACGCGACAUCCACCACUGGCAUCAUUCACGUUAACGAGAAUCCAGUACUAACUAUUAUCGAUAAAGUGCUGGUUAUUGUCGACAAGUUUUGUUCUUUCUGCACCAGCUGUAAAGAUCCGAUGACCAAAAUUGAAAGACGAGAAUUUAACGGAUAUGAUCAGGCGUUCAAAAAUCAUGUCGACUCAUUGUUAAAGCUUUUAAUAGGUUUGAAAGCUGGACCUAGUAGCGCACCCCUUUCUCAGCUUCUAUUACGCUUGGAUUUCAACUAUUGGUUUAGUAAUAAUACACAGGUUACAGAUACGGCUUGAUCAAAUAAUAUUUAUGGGUCUACUUCCAUUUUCUGCAAGUGAGCUUUCAUUAAAAUACACUUAGUCAUAACACAAUCACAAGGUAAGCCAUGCUCUUCCUUUUCAGCGUCCAGUAAAGUUAAUUGAAGAUUAUACCUACAAAGUUGUUAGUAUUAAAAAACAAAAAUUUUAUCAAA